AUGUCGACGCCCCCAGCCGAGGUAGUGAGUGGCCUCAAGCUGACCAAUGCAGAUGAUGAGGCAAUGACCUUAGUGUCGCAUCGAGCACUCGAGGAAGACCGGCGAAAGGUGUUCGCGUCUGCGUUUCCGGAGUGCGCUAGCGGACAGGUCCUUGCCAUCAUUGCUCGAGGGCCGAACGGCGACCACAAGGAGUUCUGUGCUGUCCUCAAGGACGGCGCGACAUCGGCAGAGCUUGUUGCCGGCAGCUGCCAGAUCACUUUCGAGGAUCUGUCACCUGCCGACUGCAUCGAGUACUGCUUCGCCGAGGCGCCAGGCGAAUGGCGCAUUGCGCAAGUCUCCAGAGAAGCUCUGGAGACGUAUCGCGGCAUGAAGUUUGAGGCCUGGAAGCAGAUGCUGCUGAAGCCCACUUGCGAAGCGCAGUUCAGGCGGAUGCUCCAGCUUGGCAUCGUGACGCAGCUCUAUGACCCACAGCUGUUUCCGACACCGGAGGCCCUGAAGUCCCAAUAUCAGGUCACAGAUGAUCGGACAGGGAAGCUCAUCCAGCUUCCACACGCAGUGAAGGAGAUGCGCGUCUGGAAUGCAGCCAAGCAGCAGUACGACAGCAUCGACACCAAGCUCACGGGUGCUCCUGAAGAGGCAGCAAAAGUCAGUUGGUGGAAAGACUUUACCGACAAGAUGAAAGCCGAGCACGGCGAGGAGUACAUUGCUGGUCUCAUUGCCGGCAAGAACUGA